CAGCUAACGCCUUGUCCCUCUUCUCUCUCUUAUUAUUUUCUAUUUAAUAAUACACACUCUUUCUUCUUUCAAAGAGUAGAGACCGUGUGAAAAACUGAUAAAAAUAUAUUUUUUUGGCUAAAUUUUCUUUAGCGCUGUGAAAAAAAUUCCAUAAAUAAACGGAAUCUGGAACAGAAAAUAAAAUCUGAGCAAAGAAAAGGAAAGAAAAAUGUUCAGAUUACAUAAGCAAAAGUCUGAUAAGUCUGGUGAGAGAUUCGAUUUCAAGUUCUCCAGCUUCCAAGCUCUUCAGGUUCCAAAAGGAUGGGACAAGCUUUUUGUGUCAAUUAUUUCUGUGGAUACUGGCAAAACCAUAACCAAGUCAAGCAAAGCAUCAGUUCGAAAUGGAAAUUGUCGAUGGACAGAGACAUUUUCAGAGUCUAUUUGGAUUGCCCAAGGUGAUACUUCAAAAGUGGUUGAUGAAUGCUUAUUUAAGCUUGUUGUUGCCAUGGGAUCGUCUAGAUCUGGCUUCCUUGGAGAGACAACAAUUAACCUUGCAAGCUACAUAAGUUCAAAAAGUUCUAUUCCUCUUACAUUACCAUUAAAGAAAUGUAACCACGGGACAGUGUUACAGGUUAAAAUUCAGUGCUUGACACCGAGAGAAAAACUCAGGGAUGAGCAGUGGAAAGAUACAGAUUCGUAUUUGGAGGAUGGGUCUCUGGAAUAUGAUGACUUGGAAAACAAAUCAGAUGUUUCUGAUGGUACCUUUACCAGGAGUGUUGGAUCUUCAUCUAGUAAUCAUUUAGAGAGUACCCUUCAUCCAGGAGAAUUGUCUAGUAGGGAAGCAAGUUUCUCAGCAUCAGACUCACGUAAUAGCUUUGACUCCUUGGAUGGUUCCUUUAACAGGGAAAAUUACUCCCCUUAUAAUGGGGUUAUGAGCAAUCAAAUUGGAAGACAAGAUUCAACUGGUUCUCAAACUAGUUCUCCUCACGGAUCUUAUUCUUUUAAUGAUUCUUCCAGGUCAAACUACUCCUUUGCUCCAAAGGUCUCCACUUUCGGAAGCCAUCCUCAAAACCAUAGAGAAGACUUGAAUCGGGUUUCACGUCUUGUUCCCUCUUCUCCACUACGUAAUGCUGGUUCAUCCAAAGAUCCCUUGGAAGCUGCAGAAAUUACAAUUGGGGAGCUGCGGGCAGAAGCUAGGAUGUGGGAGCAAAAUGCUCGAAAGUUGAUGAUUGAUCUGGAAAAUUUGCAGAAGGAAUCUUUUGACCAGUCAAAACAUCAAAAAAGUCUUGAGGUGGCACUUUCAACAGCACAGGCAGAAUGUGAUUGCUUGAAAGAGGAGGUCAAACAAGUAAAGAUCUUGUUGGAGGAGUCACAGAUGAAACAGGCUGCUGCCAAGAAUUUGAAGUUUCAGACUAAAAACACAGACAAUGUUCAAAAGGAGUUGGAAGAUGAGAUUAAGUUUCAGAGAGAGGAGAAUGCUAAUUUAGCCUUACAGUUGAAAAAAACCCAAGAAUCAAAUAUUGAGCUUGUUUCCAUUCUUCAGGAGCUGGAAGAAACCAUAGAAAAACAGAAAGUAGAAAUUGAUAACCUUUCCAGUAUGAAAUCUGAAUUUGAAGAAUUAGGAAAGGCUGAUGUCAGAUUUGAAGGCAGUCAGCAAAUUGAUGCUGACAAGCAAGUUUCAGAAAUGCAGAUGAUAAAAUCUUCUGAUUCUGAUGGGGAAAUUGGUAUUGUUGAACACCAAAGACGAAGGUUACACGCAGAGAACGGAAAUCUUGAGCUCCAGUUUCAGCUGCUGCAUGAAUCACAUAGGAACUUGGAAAGCACUAUUCAGUUUCUGGAGAAAACUCUGGAAGAAAAGAACCAUGAAAUGGAGAUUGAACAAGGUCUAAUGAGUAAAUCUCUUAUGGAUUGUGAGGCUGAAUGGAGAGGCAAAUUAGCUGAAAAAGAUGAAAAAAUCAUUAAUUUGGAAAUGAAAUUGUCUGAAGCUCUUGAUGGUCAAGGUUUAAAGGAUAUGGGUUCUGAAAAAGAAGGUAAUGUUAAUCUAAUCAAAGAAAUUGAAGCUCUGAAACUGAAGGUGCAGGAACUUGAGAGAGAUUGCAAUGAGCUUACUGAUGAAAAUCUGGAACUUCUUUUCAAGCUCAAAGAAUCAAGAAAGGAUCAUAGUGCCACCUCUAAUUCUCUUUUACCUGAUCAUCCAGGAAAGAACUCUCUUUCAAGACAUGAGCCAGAAGUAACCUCUCGUGACUAUGAAGAUGAGCUGAACAAAAAACAUCUUAUUGAAGUACCUUCGGCUGAUCACUUACAGAUUCAACCUGUAAUUCUUGGAAAUAAAUGUGCUGACCUUGAGCUACAGUUGGAAGCUUUCAAGGACAAAACUUCUUAUCUUGAUGGUGAACUCUCCAAAUGUCGUGCCAGAGCAGAAGAAAAGGAGGUUGAAUAUGUGGCACUGCAACGACAAUUUGAGCAUUACCAACAGACAGAAAUUGAGAGUCAGGACCAACCUGGUCUUGCCGUUACAGAAUCCAGGAUUUCUGAAUCACCUGCUGCUAUUGAAAUUUCUAAAUUGCUUGCUGAGUUAGAUGAACAGAUUCGACUUUCUUUAGCUGACUUGAAGCUACAAUAUGCUCUUAAUUCACUUGCAAAGCCUGAGGGAACUUGUGGUUCCAAUGACUCAGAGAUUUUGAAACGUACAGAUUUUAUAAGUCAAAAACAGCAAGUUGAGAUUAUCUUGAACAAUUUUGUCCAGCUAAAACAAUUCUUCGGAGAAAAUAGUGCUCUCGGUGAUGAAGAAUAUAGUAAAGAGGCCAAAGGCUCAGCAGUGAGUGCUGAUGACAUCCUGGAUAAAUUGGAGGAUUAUAAAUUAAAAGAGUUACGAUCUCCUUGUGAAGAAGACAGUGAUCUUGGACAGGAAUUGUCAGAAAAGAUCUCUGAGAUAGAGAAGCUUAAAUCCGACAAUUUGCUAAAGGAAGAUGAGCUUGAGGCUUUAAGGCAUCAGCAAAAAGAGUUAGAAGCUCUGGUUUCUUCUGUUCAGAAGGAUAAAAGACAGUUGGAGGAAAAUAUAGAAAUCAUGCUCAGAGAAGGUGCUGUUGCUGCAAAAUGCUUGGAUGAUUUACGCAGUGAAAUGAUGGUACUUAACAGCAAUAUGGAUUCCCAGAUCUCAGCCAACAAGAUUCUAGUAAAGAAAUCUUCAGAGCUUGAAAGUGGUAAGCAGGAACUGGAAGUUCAUUUGUCUGAACUAGAGGAAGAAAAUGUUCAGUUAUCGGAACGGAUAUGUGGUCUAGAAGCACAAUUAAGGUAUCUGACAGAUGAGAGAGAGUCUCGUCGUCUGGAACUACAAGAUUCAGAAUCUCAAGCAAUGAAUUUCAAGGAAGAGAUAAUAAGAUUGGAAAAUGUAAUGGAGGCACAGAAGGUUGAUAUGAGACAGAAGAUGGAAGAGAUGCAAAAGCGGUGGUUAGAAGUUAAAGAAGAGUGUGAGCAUCUGAAAAUUGCUAAUCCCAAACUGCAAGCUACUUCUGAAAGUCUCAUUGAAGAAUGUAGUUUGCUUCAGAAAGCAAAUGGAGAAUUACGAAAGCAAAAGAUGGAGUUACAUGAGCAUUGCACAGUCUUGGAGGCAGAACUGAAGGAAUCUGAAAAAGCUUUUUCUAAUAUGGUUAAUGAAGUUGAAGCUCUUGAAGAAAAGUAUUCCACAAUGCUUGAAGAAAUAGCCUCGAAAGAGAAAGCCCUUAAUUUGGAGCUAGAAGUGCUUAUUCAGGAGAACAAGAAACAGAAAGAAAAACUUGUUCUUGAGGAGAGCCUGUUAAAUCAGAAGUACUUGGAGAAGACAGCUGAAGUUGAAAACCUCCAAAAGGAUGUUGCUCACCUCACUGAACAGAUAUCUGCAACCCAGGAUCAGAAGGAGAAAACUGCAUCAGAAGCUGUGCUUGAAGUUUCUCAUUUACGUGCAGAUAAAAGGAUGCUUGAAGCUGCUCUACAAGAUGUUCAAGGAAAACUUAAAUUAUCUGUGAACAAGCUUAAUGCCCUGCAGGUGGAAUCUGAAACUGAGAUACAAGGGCUAAAGGAAGAGCUAGCUGUUGCAAAGCAAAAGCAGGAAAUAUUGAUGGCUGACCAUGAAAAACUAUUAGAUUUAUUGGAAGAUGUCAAAUCCAAUGAAGACAAAUUGAAAGGCACUGUUAGAGGGCUUGAACUGAAACUGAAAGCUUCUGAAUACGAGAAUCAACAGUUAGAAGAAGAAAUUUCCAGCCUUAAGGUCCAAUUGCAGAAAACAGCACUCCUACAGGAUGAAAUUUUAACUCUUAAAAAAACAAUCAGUGAAACCAAGUUUGAAAAUGAAAAGCUGGAAGCUUCUUUCCAAAUGCUAUCCAGAGAUCAUGAAGAACUCAAGGUUGAAAGAACCCUACUUGUCCAGAAAAUCUCUAAUAGUCAGCAAGCUGUUUCUGAACUAGAUGAUUGCAGACGUAGGAAAGUUGCCCUUGAAGAAAAGGUCCUUAGGCUGCAGGGUGAUUUAACUGCAAGAGAAGCCUUGGGAACUCAUGAAGCUGCACUGAAAAAUGAGCUAGCCCAAAUUAGAAGAGAAAAUAGCCAAUUUCAGAGGAAGAUAAAGUACCUUGAGGAGGAGAAAGAAGAGUGCCUGAAGAAAGCCCAAGGUCUUGAAGAGGAACUGAUGCAAAUUAAACAGGACCAGUGCGAGUGCAAGAAUCAGAGCAUAGGGGAGAACAAUAACCUGCUAUCAAGUGGGAAGCUGUUCACCGAAAUGGACCAAGGACAACAUCAUUUAGAUGAAAAUCACACACAGGUUGAUAACAAUCAAAACUGCAAUAAUGAGACUUCCCAAGUUACAGGAGUUGAUCUUUUGUCAAAGAUUCAAAAUCUUGAAAAUGAACUCGCAGAAGCUUUAGAGGCAAAUGACAUGUAUAAGUCCCAGCUUCAGAGUUUGUUGUCGAAAGAAGUAAGCUUCCAUUCAGAUGUUCCUGAGAAGUCAACAGGUGAAGAUAGAUGUGAGUGCAAGGCAUCAUCGCUGGAGACAGAAUUGAAAGAAUUACGUGAACGGUAUUUCCACAUGAGCCUCAAAUAUGCCGAGGUAGAAGAUCAGCGAGAGCAACUAGUAAUGCAGCUUAAAGCUGCUAGUGGCCGAAGGAGCUGGUUUUCAUGAAUCUAAGGUAACUUUUUGUCAUAUUCUUUCUCCAGCUCUGCCCUGAACUAUGUCAACUUCUUUUCCACAAUUUUUUUACUCUAUGGUGUUAUAGAUUUUCUACGAAGCAAAAUUGUAGUAACAAAUUUAUUUUUACUAAAUUGGGCGUCUUCCCGGAGAAUAGGGAUUGUUGAGGUUUAGUAAAGGGUAAUUGUAAUAUAAUACUAGAAUGUGUCCGCUCUUCGAUGAUAAAGUUAUUUUUUCUUUAUUUAUGAAUGCAGUGAUUAAAAAAAAAAACAUAUUUAUUAAUAAAUACAUAUUUGUAAAAACCUUAGUUCAUAUCAAUCCAAUAAAAAUUUUAUUCUUUUAAAGGUUAAAUCUGAGUACUUCAUAAUUG